AUGUCCACACCAGCUCCCACCCGAGAGGAAAGAAAACGCUGCUGGGAGGCUCGAGAUGCCUACUUUGGAUGUCUAGACAACAUAAAAGUGAUUCAACCUGGCAAAGAAGGCAGUAGCUGUUCGAAAGAGAACAAAAAAUACGAGCAAUCGUGUCCCACUGUCUGGGUCGAGUAUUUUAACAAACAAAGAGUCCUUGCCGAAAGGCAAAGAGCGACUCUCGAAGCGGCUGAAAGGCAGAACGCAGCCCGUCAGGCUAGGAAAUGA